AUGGCGCAGCGAUACAUCCACUUUGACGUUGAGGAGUUAGCUCGUGUCGGGGCGGCGGCUGUUGGUGCCAAAUCUUGCCUCAACAUCAAGAAGUACCCUGAUGGCAUGUACAAUAAAGCCUUUCUGCUUACUAUGGGCAAUGACAUGCAAGCUGUGGCGAAGAUUCCCAAUCCUAAUGCUGGGCUUCCUCACCUUACUACUUCCAGUGAAGUAGCGACGAUGGAAUUUGUGCGAAGCGUAUGCAAAACUCCUGUUCCCAAAGUAUAUUCAUGGAACUCGAGACCAAACUCCGUGGGUGCGGAGUAUAUCAUUAUGGAGAAAGUUCCAGGCGUGCCGCUAGAUUCAGUCUGGCCUAACAUGGAAAUUGGGGACCGCCUCGCGGUAGUAAAAAAUAUUGCUCGGUACCAAGAAGCGUGGAUGUCUGUUUCGUUCAAUCACUUUGGUGGUCUGUACUUUGCACAAGACCUCGACGGAUUUAGACAUCAAAGCAUGUCUUACGAGAAAGGAGGGGUCACACUAUUGGAUGGAAGGUUUGCCAUCGGGCCAUCCACAGCCAGAGAGAAUGUUGAUAAUGGGAGGAGUACCAUUCAAUUUGACUGUGGACCGUGCCGCCGAGAGAUCGCCUGUGUGAAAGCGCUUCCAAAUUUGCCCAAAUCGCCAAUUGCACUGUAUGGGCCAGGGACAUACCAGCCCACAAGAGCAAGGAAGCUCAAAGCUCUAGAGAGCUAUCUCACCAUGAUCAAAUAUCUGUGUCCAGUUGAUCAAUCUAUAACAUCAUCAUGUCUCUGGCACAGUGAUCUCCACGUGGAAAACAUCUUUGUGGACUCUAAAUCCCCCACAGAAAUUGUCGGAAUCAUUGACUGGCAAUCCACUGAGCUAGCUCCAUUAUUUAAUCAUGCACGCCAGCCUCACCUUCUGGAUUACGACGGCCCCCAACUUCACAAUCUCAAAAGGCCUAGCUUGCCCGAAAAUUUACCCAGGCUGGACAUUGAAGCCCAAAGGGAAGCCAAAGCUCUAUACUACAAGCAAGCCUUAUGUUCGUUAUACAGAACAUUUGUCUAUAAAACAAAUCCACGGCUAUACCGCGUGCUAGAAUACAGAGAAAGCCCUAGCUUUGACCUACUGCUCCUUGCUCGAAACCUUCUGAUCGACGGCGAAGCAACCUACCUCGCUCGGAUUGUUGAACUGGAGGGCACAUGGACAGACCUUCCUGGUGUUGCAACCUCAGAAGGCAAAGAUCAUCAGUACCCAUUCUCGUUUUCUAAUGAAGAAAAAGCAGAGAUUGAAAGAGACCUGAAUGGAUCAUCACUCGGUAUGCAAGCAAUGCAGAGCAUCAAGGACAGCCUUGGGGAUUUGUUUCCGGAGAAAGGGAUUGUUAGACCAGAGCAGUAUGAGAAGGCUAAGGAUGCUCUGUGUCAGGCCAAGGAAUUCAUCAUAAGAGAAUUCGCCCGAAACCAAAAUGAAGAGAAGGCGUGGGAGGAAGAAUGGCCAUUCAGUAGUUGA